AACGUAGGGACCUCUUGGGUAUUAAUCCAGUGCAUUGAGAACCGUGCUUUCGAAACAACUAACAAAAUGCCUUCCCUCAGAAUUGGAGAUCUGGUGCCCAAUUUCAGUGCCCAAACUACCCAAGGGCCUAUUAAAUUUUACGACUGGCAAGGAGACAAAUGGGUAGUACUUUUCUCCCACCCCGCUGACUUCACACCAGUAUGCACCACCGAAUUGGGCCGUAUCGCCGUUCACGAACCAUAUUUCACCAAGAGGAACGUAAAACUCCUGGCACAUUCCUGCGACAAGCUCGGCGACCACGUAGACUGGGUAAAUGACAUCAAGUCGUACUGCAGGGACAUUCCCGGGGAUUUCCCUUAUCCCAUUAUUGCCGAUGAAACUAGGGAACUGGCCGUACAAUUGGACAUGAUUGAUGAAAAUAACAGGAACAGUGAGGAUCACGCACUCACAGUCAGAGCUUUGUACAUCAUCGAUCCCAAACAUCGUUUGAGACUGUCCAUGCACUAUCCGGCUUCCACCGGUCGCAAUGUUGACGAAAUCUUAAGAGUGAUUGACUCUCUGCAACUGGUAGACAGGCUUCCUCAAGUAGCCACCCCAGCAAAUUGGACUCCCGGCGAGAAAGUAAUGAUUCUUCCGACGGUUAAGGAAGAAGAAGUUGAGAAACUUUUCCCCGGCGGAGUGGACAGAGUGUCGAUGCCAUCUGGAAUCGUAUAUGUUAGAACGACAACGAACUAUCAAUAAAUAUAUCCAUUAUACCAGUAACUCAUCCAGUUACAAGAGAUUAUUUUUAAUUAAUUAGUUAAAAUCCAUUAUAGUGUCAUCAUUUUAUUAAUUUUUCAUUUUUUAUAAUUAGAAUUUGAUUAGAUUAGUUAUGUAAUAUAACGUCAAACAAAUUGUAUGAAAGUUUGUUCUCAAAAUAAGACUGUUAGUAGAACAAUCUAAUUAAUAAUUUAAUAAUAAAUAAAAUUAAAAAAUAAGUUGAA